AGCGAUACCCUGCAAGUGAAGUUUUAAAUGCACUAUGACACAUUUACAUAUCGGAGAUAAACAUGGAAGAGUUAAGAUACAGCACUCAAGAUAUUCUGCGUUGUAAAUUUUGUGACAAGGAAGUGGUUCUUUUCUGCAGUUCGUGUCAGGUCAACCUUUGCCAAAUUUGCAUCGGAAAACAUAUAUCAGACGAUCCAUUAAAACACCUAAUAGUUCUGUUUAGUCAACGCAAAUCUGCUCUCAUCUACCCAAAAUGCCUCGAACAUGAUAACUGGAUUUGUGAAAACCAAUGCGAGGAAUGCAACUCGCUUGUUUGCGCAAAGUGCAUUUCUGGGAAACAUAAAGGCCAUACUUUUUCUCUGCUUUGUGAGAUUUAUAAUUCCAAAAAAAGUGCUAUUGAAGAGGAUGCCAAUAAAAUGAAAAAUCAGCUGUUUACAUAUAGAAAUUCUGUAGCUGAGAUAAAAAGCUUCAUAGAUAUAUUAGAUGCUGAAUAUGAACAAUUGUCUGUGUCUGUGACUGAACAAGGGACAGCUAUCCACCGACUAGUUGAUAACGUGACGAAACGAUUAAAAAUUGAAAUACAUAAGAUGAAAACUGGACAUCUAGAGAUCCUGAAAAAAGACUUGAAUAGAAUAGAGGAGUUGCAUUCUUCUUUACAGAGUACAUUGGAUAAAACUUUGGACGCGUGUGAUUCGGUUGAUGUUUUCUCGACAAUGCAAUACGGACUUGGGGACACAGAGUUUACUGAAGUUUUCCCCAUGCUAAUAUUACCACACUUCAGUCCAGCAAAAUUAAAUGUGGAACAAUUUGAUAAACUAUUCGGCACGCUGUCUUCAAACUCCUUCACAGCAGAGGAAACCUCCAAACAAAUGCUGGAAGAGCCAGACAUAACCACAAUAAUCGAAACUGGUUGCAAUGGCCUUUACAACGUCUCAGCAAUAGGUGAAGAAGAAGUCUGGACCAGUGGACAAACCAAUGAAAUGAGGUGUUUCAACAUGCAAGGUGUACUUCUAAAGACUGUACCCAGCCUCUCAGGGGAACAACCACAGGACAUAACCGUGACCAGUAAUGGAGACCUGGUGUAUCUCGAGGGCCAGCAAGGAACCGUAAAUCUGGUGAAAUAUGGACGAACAGAAGAAAUGAUCCAUUUGCAGGACUGGACACCACUCAACCUGUGCACCACCAUCUCCAGGGACCUUCUGAUUUCCAUGUGCAGUAACGAUUUGAGUGAAGCAAAGGUUGUCCGCUACACCAAUUCCAUAGAAAAACAAACUAUUCAGUACCAUGAGGGCGAGCCUCUGUAUUCAGCUGGUGAUGAAAAUAAAUAUAUCACAGAGAACAGAAAUCUAGAUAUCUGUGUGGCUGAUUGCCUUGCUAAUGCUAUUGUGGUGGUUAAUCAUGGUGGAAAACUUUUAUUUAGAUACACUGGUCAUCCAUCCUCUUCUACAAAAAACCAGCCAUUUACACCAGCUGGCAUUGCAACAGAUAGUUUGAAAAAUAUUCUGAUAGCAGACACUGAUAAUCACUGCAUACAUAUCUUAAAUGAAAAAGGACACUUUCUUUGUUUUAUAAACAGAGGCCUGAAGGAUCCUUGGGGAUUAUGCAUAGACAAAUAUAACAGCCUCUUCUUGACUGAAACAGGAAGUGGGAAAGUGAAGGAGAUUAAAUACCUUGGAUAGAAUAGUGAUUUGAUGAAGUUUUGAAAAAUUAUAGAAUGAACCGGAAGUACGCAUUUUGACAAACUGAUACAGACCAAAUAUCAAAAUGGAAAAGAGAUGAACAUAACAUACAGCUAUAUCCUUCAAUUGGUUAAAGCUGCAAAACGUUACAUUCAUUCAAACAAGAGAAAAAUACAUAUUGCUUACAAACCUUUCUUUUUGCAGUAAAUGACAAAUGUAUCUA